UGGAAGGUGCGGCGGGUCGGGCCGGGCCCAGGCGGGGGCCGUUGGGAAGCGGGGCCUGUGCCACGCCGGCGGGUGGUGACGGUUGCCCGGGGCUGCCCACCGACGCCGCUGCUGUCGCCGCCAUGAAUCACAAGAGCAAGAAGCGGAUCCGUGAGGCGAAGCGCAGCGCCCGGCCCGAGCUGAAGGACUCGCUGGACUGGACCCGCCACAACUACUGCGAGACCUUCCCCCUCAACCCCGCCGCCUGCAAGGAUAAUGUGGAGAGGGCAGAUGCACUCCAGUUAACAGUGGAGGAAUUUGUGGAGCGUUACGAAAAACCUUACAAGCCUGUAGUCUUGCUGAAUGCUCAGGUGGGCUGGUCUGCCCAAGAGAAAUGGACUCUGGAACGACUGAAACGCAAGUAUAGGAACCAGAAGUUCAAAUGUGGGGAGGACAAUGACGGUUAUUCUGUGAAGAUGAAGAUGAAAUACUACAUAGAGUAUAUGGAAACCACACGUGAUGACAGCCCGCUCUACAUCUUUGACAGCAGUUAUGGAGAGCAUCCCAAGCGUAGGAAACUCCUGGAGGACUACAAAGUACCCAAAUUCUUCACUGAUGAUCUGUUUCAGUAUGCAGGGGAGAAACGAAGGCCACCAUACAGGUGGUUUGUGAUGGGCCCACCUCGUUCUGGAACGGGAAUUCACAUCGAUCCCUUGGGAACUAGUGCCUGGAAUGCCUUAGUCCAGGGACAUAAGCGUUGGUGCCUGUUCCCUACCAGCACUCCCAGAGAGCUGAUCAAAGUGACACGAGAAGAGGGAGGGAACCAGCAGGAUGAAGCUAUCACUUGGUUCAACGUCAUCUAUCCCAGGACACAGCUCCCUACCUGGCCCCCUGAAUUCAAACCCCUGGAAAUCUUACAGAAACCAGGCGAGACGGUCUUUGUGCCAGGUGGCUGGUGGCACGUAGUUCUCAAUCUUGACACAACUAUUGCCAUCACGCAAAACUUUGCCAGCUGUACCAACUUCCCCGUGGUGUGGCACAAGACAGUCAGAGGGAGACCCAAAUUGUCACGGAAAUGGUACAGGAUCCUAAAGCAGGAACACCCUGACCUGGCAGCCUUGGCUGAUUCAGUGGACCUGCAGGAAUCUACUGGCAUUGCUUCCGAUAGUUCCAGCGAUUCUUCCAGUUCCUCAAGUUCCAGCUCCUCAGACUCUGAUUCAGAGUGCGACUCUGGCUCCGAGACAGAGGGGAUGAUGCACCGGAGGAAAAAGCGGAGAACGUGCAGCAUGAUGGGCAACGGGGAUACAACGUCCCAGGACGACUGCGUGAGCAAAGAGCGCAGCUCCUCCAGGAUUAGGGAAUCUUGUGGAGGCCGCAGCUACCCCUGAGAGAUACCACCACCCGCCCAGAGGCAGCUGCCGAUCAAAGCUCCGUUAGCAGCCAGCCAGCUCUGUUCUACCCCCUCCUGCUUCUGUUUCUCACAGUCCUUAUGUUUUUGUCACUCUUCCUCGACCCAGACAUCUGUCUUCAUUACGUGCUGUCGAAGGUUGGCUCUUUUAAUAACUUGUAGGGGAACGCCCCGACUCUACAUUUUAGUGCAAUGCUUUGUCCCCUCUGCGCCCCGAGUGAGUGCACUAAUAACCCAGCUUUGGGUAAGGACAUGCCAAGUAUUUAAUGGUUCACGUAACUGGUAAGGAAGACGACGGUCAGUUUUUAAAGAACUCUUUUUAAAACCAGCAGGUAAAGCUUAAAAACCUGCUUUGCUUUGACACUGUCAUAUGUUUACAUGUUGUCCUGUACACUUGAGGAAAGGAACACCAGCCCUUUUUGGCCUAUCCGAAUGUCCGGCGGAUCUCGCACCAGAAUUUCAGGAAGGGAAGGUGGUAUGAAUGCUCCAAACACUGAAGAGACUUCAGCAGAGGGGACCACCAACCUGAAGCAUCUUUUGUGGUCUUAAUCUACGCGCAUACAUCUACGGUGCAACACCUUAACCAGCAGCAGCCCCUUUACUUUUAGCUCUGCGUCUGUGAUGAUGACUGGUAACAAAGAUGCACAAGCACCUUGUGAUUGGAAGCUCAGUGGAGCAGGAGAAUCCUGGAGUUUCUUGCAUAGGAAAAACUGGGGGGAAAAGUCAGCAUUUGUCAGUAAUAACAGUCUUUUAGGUGCAGGCGUGAUGUUUAGCACGAGGCAACGACCGAUAACAACAGUUGCUGGGCUUUAAAUAGCCAGCAGUCACAGGGCUGUGGGCUCCUUCAGGCCAGUGCAGUUCACGUACCUAAAUGGCUUUUCUUUAAUGUUAUGGGUUCAGAUGUUUCCGGAACUUGAGGUGCCAAUUUUAAAGGACUGGGAGGGGGACAUAUUGUUGUUUUAUGCUUUUUAAAAAUGCAGUGUGUCGCUUAAGUCUGUGUAGAUGCAUUUGUAUUACGCCGGGUAAAGCUCUCAUCCCCAAGGGAUCUGUUGGAGCUGCUGGGGUGUUUUUUUUUUUUUUAGCAGGGGCUUGUGCUGGUGGUGUCAGUGAAGAGGCCUGUCUGGCUGAAGGUGUGUCGCAAGGAAAUGAUCCUCCUUCUCUGUCUGAGCAGCACAGCCAGAAGCUGGCUGGGUUGUGGUGCUUCCUUGGGUGCUCUCCUGGGAUGUAGGAGGUGGGUAUUUGAUCUCGCUUCAGCCAUUCUUUGGGAGAGGAAGCUUGAAGGAGGAGGUGGUUAUGUCUGUAGUAAACAUGCAAUAGCGCCCAGGCACUCGUGGUGGAAUUAAAAAGCAGAUUGGCAGCCUUAACUGUGACUUUGGAUUUGAUGGAACCCAGAAUGCUGUUUGUCUAGGUUUUAUUAUCUUUUUUUUAACCUUGUCUCUUCCUACUUAAACACUCUCUCCCUAGUUGGAGACCAGGCCAUAUCCUGUUGUACCAAGGAAUCCUGAGUAUGUUUGUCGGGAUCUCUGUUUCUGAUCUCUGUUUCUGAAUCUUCGUGCCAGUCCCUUUGUGUAGGAGCAGUGUGGUGGUGAAAAAAAGGAGAGAGGGAAGGUUUAUAGGUACACUCCUUAGCUGUCUGGGUUCCUGAAUUUCCUGUGAUAAGUGAGCACUGCUUGCUCCGUAGAGUGCUGCAUAUUCUUCCACAAGAUUACUUCAUUUUUAAAAAAACUUCUCAAACUCCUGGCAUUUCUGGCCAAGGUUGCCUUUUUUUCCUGCCCAGUUGAAGAGCCUGGGAGCCUGCACAAUCCGUGUGUCUUCUCAGACAGAGCGGGCUGCAGGGCAGCCUUUUGGAGGAGUGUGGGUGCCUGGAGAGGAGAAGGCUCAGAAGUCUCAGCUCUGUCACAGAGGGGAGCCCUUAAAGAAGUGUCCACUGCCCUCUUUGGUGGCUUCACUCAGUAUGUGUAGCAAGAUGGCUUAUGCUGUAGCUUGCAAUUGCAUUUUGCCUACAGGGUUUGGUUUUACAUUCUUAAAAAUCUUCCAUCUGCCUGAAAGCCUGAUCGCUGUGAUGGGGAAAACCACACCUCUACCACCAGAAGCACAGUUGGAAGAUCUAAAGUGCAGAGUAUCUUCCGUGCCUAUGAACUCUUCCAUGGGGUGAAAUAAAACCAGUUUCAGAUUGAAGCCUGUGUGCAUUCACCAUCCCUCGCAGAAAAGCAGUGUGUUUGGCACGGACUGCAGACAUGGUGAUACCAGCGAUGCUGUGCUGACUUCUCCACAAGGCACUUUUGGAUGUGAAACAAAGGGGUGUCUGUUCAGGCUACCUGGGAAUCGGGACUCCUGGGAUCUCCGGUUCUUCCGCUCACAGGCUCUUGCCUCGGCAGAACUGCUGGGCUUCUGUCUUUGUUUUAGUACCUGAGGAAAAUACCUACCUCACAGGGGUGUUGUGAGGCUGAGAUCUAUUUACUGUGUAAGAUGCUUUGAAGUCAUCCUCCCACAAAAAGUGUUCCAGGCACCCUGAGCUACCCCAGACUUCCCAACCUGGCUUUAGCUUUUUCGAAGCAGAAAACUUUGGGGAUGUUGUUGAACAUUCGUGGCCACGUGGUGGUCUUCAGUGGCCCUUCCAGAAUUGCUGUGUGGUACAUAAAUUGUAGCAGAACAAGGCAUUUUGUUUUCACCAGACUUUAACUGUUGGCGUGUCAUGGCCUGCUCUAAAACAGGAGGUCCUGCUAGAUUGGGAUUUUUUUUUUUUUUUUUAAAAUAGGACUAGAAUAAUAUCUCUCAUCAGGGAGUCGGCUUCACUGGCCUUAAAGGAAGAGGGGGGGAGCUGGUGCUUCCCAGGCCAGGUGAAUGGGGAAUUGAGUUAAAAACUGUGCUCCCCUUGUGCCUAGCUCCGAGCGUGGGGGAGGCUGGCUGGGGAGAGUGGGGUUUGUGCUCUGGCUUCUCCAGGCUUGUGCUUCUCGGGGCGUCCCUGUAUCUUCUUGGGGCAUCCCUGUCUCUUGUUGUGCUGUUGUGUACUGUAGAGCCCCUGAUGUAGCAGGCAGCUGGGGUUUGGCACCCAGACCCAGCGGGCCCCUCCUUCCCUCCAGCCCCGACGCAGCAGCGCUGCUCUGCCCUCUGUGCCCCAGGGACAGCUCAGAGCCAGGACUGUGCUCUUCCCCAUCCUCCUGUGUGUAUCGGUGUCACUGUCCUUGCUCUGGCCAAAGGGAUGUGUGAGCUCUGGCCGUGCUUUUGAGUCUGGUAUCCAGUGCAGGCUUGUCUGCUAUGACAGUGAACUAAUAGAUACCCUGCCAGAACUGUAGAUGCAAACAACAGUUGUGCCCAUCUCGGCAUCUGUUCUCUGCACAAGUGCUCUGGGAGCAGGUGACACCCAGGAAGCUCUGGCAAAACCCUCUUCCCCUUCCCAGCUCGGGUGCGCUGGCUCCAGUCUGUCUUCUCACUUACAUUAAAGCCUCUCCAGAUGCUUAAAAGAAAGACAGCAACCUCUUUCAUAAUUAACAUAGACCCUUUUCUUCCCUCAAUCCCCAGCCGUCACGGGGCAGGAAGCAAGAGUGUUGGCUCAAUCAAAUCCAAAAUGCCCGUGUUGGGUUAAUUGGGAGGAUUUUGGCACCCUCUUUGCGAAGGGGGGGAAGGAAAGAGCAUUCUGUUUCCUGUGACAGUCACACCGUCGGCCCCAAGCCCCGCCACUGCCCAUAGCUGCUUUUAUCACCCCAUCCAGCAGAGCUGGGAUAUUCUUAAUUGUCUUGUUUGGAUGAUUGUUGUUUUGCUUUUUAUUUUAAAUAAAAUCAAUUAUUUUGCAUUA